AUGAAGCUUCCUCAAGAAGAAGACCCUGCUGCUGCUGCUGCAACAGAGACAACUGAGCGCGCAGCAGCAAAAACAGAAAUAGCAGCAAAAGCAGCAGCAGCAGCAGCAGCAGCAGCAGCAGGAACAAGAGAGACAGCAGCUGCAGCAACACCAACGAGCUCUGAGUUACCAGCAGCAGCAGCAGCAGCAGCACCAUCUCCUGCAGCAACAGCAGCAGCAGCAGCAGCAGCAGUUCCCCCGAGAGCAGCAGCAGCACCAACAGCAGCACAGCUCCGUCUGCUGCAGCUGCUGCAAGACGCCCAUCAUGCAUAUCCUGUAGUUUUGCUGCUGCUGCUGCUGCUGCUGCUGCUGCUGCUUUUGUUUUUAUUUCUUUCUUGGUUUAUUUUUCCCCAGCUGCUGCAUUUGAAGUACUUGGGGGCCCCUGGCUUUAUGGGGGCCCCCCUUGCCACUUCAAUCGCAGCAAACCAGCAGCAGCAGCAGCAGCAGCAGCAGCAGCAGCAGCUGCAGCAGCUGCAGCAGCCGCAGCUCAAGCUACAGCAGAUACAGCGGCAUGAAGGGCUGGAGCAGCUGCAGCAGCUGCAGCAGCUGCAGCAGCUGCAGCAGCAGCGGCAGCACCAGCGCAAGCAGCAGCAGGUGUACUUGCAGCAGCUGCAGCAGCAGCAGCCGCUGCAGCAGCAGCAGCAGCUGCUGCUGCAGCAGGUCUUGAGCUGCCCCCGCAUCUUGUUUAAUCACUUGUCUCCUUUUUCUUUUUUCUGUUUUUUAAAAACAACAAAAAAGCAAAAAGUCCCCAAACAAACUAAAAGGACCCAGCGCCUGCAGAAGCCUGCUGCUGCUGCUGCUGCUGCUGCUGCUGCAGUGGAUGAUCCUGCAGCAGCAGCAGCAGCAGCAGCAGAGUUUGGCGAGGGCUGCUUGCUGCUGCGUUUGCGGCUUAAGGCGCCUUCCGCGGGUGCUGCAGCAGCAGUGAGCAGCAGCAGCAGCUUGCUGCUGCUGCUGGGCUACUGGCACCGUGUGCAGCAGCAGCAGCAGCAGCAGCAGCUGCUGUUUGUCAGCGAGCAGCAGCAGCAGCUGCUGCUGCAGCAAGACAGAAGCAAAGGCUGGGUCGUUAGAGACACUACAGACAAAAGAGCUGCUGUUGCUUUUGCUGCAGCAGAGCAGCGGUCUCCUGCUGCUCUUACAAAGUGGUGGCUGCAGCAGCAGCAGCUGCAGCAGCAGCAGCAGCAGCAGCAGCAGCAGCAGCAGCAGCAGCAGAAGCAGCAGCAGUGGCAGCGGGACUUGCUGCUGCUGCUGCAGCGGCUCGCUGCUGCUGCAGCUGCCGCCACAGAGCCUCUUCGCCUGCAGCAGCAGCAGCAGCAGCAGCAGCAGCAGCAGCAGCAAGGGCUGCAGAAGCAGCAGGGCCUGCAGCAGCUGCAGCAGCAACCGCAGCAGCUACAGCAGCAGCAGCAGCUGCACGGGCGACAACUGCAGCAGCAGCAGCAGCAGCAGCAGAACGCGGGCUGCCCAUACCUAGAAGUAUCAGCAGCAGCAGCUGCUGCUGCUGCUGCUGCUGCGCUCUCCGGCUGCAGCGGGAGGUUUUCUCAAGUUUCUUUUUUUAAAGAAAACCCCCAAAAUGGAGUUUCUGUUUUUGCUGCUCUUUCUUUGGACAGCAGAAUUACUUUUCUUUUUAUUUCCGAAGACAAGUUCAUUUGCGGCGGAGCAGCAGCAGUGCCCGUCGCCCUGGGCAGCAGCAGCAGCAGCAGCAGCAGCAGCAGCAGCAGCAGCAGCAGCAGCGGCGGCGGCAGCAGCAGCAGCGGCGGCAGCAGCAGCAGCAGCGGCAGCAGCUGGGAAGGUGACGGAGAAGGACAAGCUGGGGAGUCUGCUGCUGGCAGUUUGAGUCUUCUGCAGCAGCAGCAGCAGCAGCAGCAGCAGCAGCAGCAGCAGCAGCAGCAGUCCCUGCUGCAGCUGCUGCAGCAAAAUAAGGAAAUUGAGCUCGAGGGUUUCUGGCUGCAGGAAAAUGAAUAUAAAAAAACAAAUAUCACAAUGGCUUGCAAAACGGAUACCUCGACAGACGCUGCAGCAGCAAAAGCCUGCGAGAGAUUGGUUUUGUUUGACUCUCCUUUUUACUUUUUGAAUGGCAUUUGGACAAAAAUAGGAAAGUGCAACAAAAGGCCUCUUUACGCAAAGAGUUUGAGCAGGUUCUCAGUUGCUGCUGCUGCUGCUGCUGCUGCUGCAGCAGGGGGAGCAGCAGCAGGGGGAGCAGCAGCAGGGGGAGCAGCAGCAGCCGCAGCAGCAGCAGCCGCAGCUGCUGCUGCCGCAGGUGCUGCAGCAGCAAAUGCAGGCGCGGGCUUCGAGCGCGGAGCAGCAGCAGCAGGCGAUGCUGCUGCUGCUGCGUCCCCAGCUGCUGCUGCUGCUGCUGCUGCAGCAGCAGCAGCAGCAGAGCUGCUGCUGCUGCACUUCGACGCCCUCGGCGUCUGGGUCAUUUCCCCCUGCAGCAGCAGCAAACUGGCCACUUGUCUAAAAGGACUUGUUGGCGAAAAAGAAAAAGAAAUAAAAGAAGAAAAAGAAAUAAAAGAAAUAAAAGAAAUAAAAGAAAUAAAAGAAAUAAAAGAAAUAAAAGAAUUAAAAGAAUUAAAAGAAUUAAAAGAAAAGCCCAAAGAGGCCAAACGCGGGCGCAGCGCGCGGGCGAAUUCGAAAAAGCUGAAAAGAAACGCCCCCGGCGGGUCCGUGGACGUUUUUCGAGGCGAAAAGGGGGAAAGAAGCGCCGAAUUUCGCGAAAAAGACGAAUUUGAAGGAAUUAAAGGAAUUAAAUGA